AUGAGAGGGGGCUUCGAGUACAAGCGACCGUACGGUUGGAAGCGAUUUGCGGUCAGGGCUCAUGGAAGGUACGAAAACGACGAAUGGCUUGGCCCUGAUGGCAUCCGAACGAGCCAAGCAAGCGGAGAAUGGCCUGUGUCUUAUCACGGAACGGAUAUGAAAAGCGCAGAGAAGAUCGUGGAGGAGGGCUAUAAACCUGGGCCAGGAGCUAAGUUUGGUAUUGGCAUCUACACAAGUCCAAGCCUUGAAAUGGUUGAAAGGUUGUAUGCGAAGGAAUUCUCGUACCAAGGGAAAACGUACAAAAUUGCUUUUCAGAAUCGAGUUAAUCCUGAUACUAAUGGUCACCUUAAAGUCAUCAGUGCUUCGCAAACUGGAGUAGGAGCUGAUUAUUGGCUGUCUCCAAAAGAUAAUGACGAUGUGCGCGCAUAUGGAAUUCUUAUCCGACAAGCAGACGACACAUGCACCUUGCUGUGAGUGCAAGCAUGUAGUGGGAGAGAGAGCCAGGAUAAGACUAAAAUUUCCGCUUUUCAUACAGUUUCAGAUUUCAGAUUUAGACUUUGCCCCUUCGAGAAACACCAUAAAAUUCCACCGCCAUCUUUUAGCUAUUUAUGUACCUAAGCGCAAUCUUAGUUUCCCAAUGGAUCAGAAAUUGAUCAUUUCAGUCUAUGAUCUAUAUUGUUACGGUUAUAGAUCUCUCUCGGUAUCUGCGCCAACUCUUUGGAACUCCUUAGCUUUCCGAAGAAUAUACGAUUACGUGAACCCUUAGAUUGUUUUACAAAUCAGUUGAAGACGCGACUUUUUUUCGAAAGGCGUACAUUAAUUUUGUAUAACUUUAAGACUUAAUGUUGUAGUAUUUUAUUAUGUAGAAUUAGAAUAGUCCAAAUUUCUUCACAUACUCCGACAUUAGAUUAUUUUAAGAACUAGACGCUUUAGGAAGCGUAACUGGGUUGCAUUUAUGAUAGUAAAUAUUUGAAAAUUGGAUAAAGGAAAUGGUGAAUUGUAUAUACUGCAUGGAAACCUAGAUAUUACAAUGGUACAUCUUAGGUUCAGUUAAAUAAUGUUAUGCACAGUGAAAUUUCUGCAAAAUAGAACAUAGAAAAACUAUGAAAGAAUCAAGGAAAAGCUGAAGGUUUUGUCAAUGUUGAUGUGUUAAACUCAAGCAUCUACCUUUCUCAUUGAUGUACUUGUUGUUUAGGCAAAAUGACUGCCUCCAUUGUAAAUGUGGAAUUUUAAGGCAUAUAACGAUUUUACAUAAGAGUCUGCACACGAGUCAAGCGGCCCAUCAGGACUGUGGUUAUAUCUGGUUUACUUCUGUAGCAUGUAACCACCAGGAGCAUUUCUACUCCCCUCCCGCCCCUGGAUGGAACGCUAGUCCACAGCCUAAACUGAGCCUUAGUUGCUUCGCUGUUUAAGGAUUAAGCGAAACAGUAUUUAGCGUCAAACAUUAAAAUACUGUUUAAUGCUUCAAACCUAAAUUAUAAGUUUUAGUUCCCAAAGUUCCAUUAAGUCCUACAUUAAGUUACCCAAGUUCCAUUAAGUCCUAAAGUUCUUAACUGAAACACCUGGAGAAAAAAUUUUACAGAGCCGCAGCCCAGAAAGGCCGCCAAGCUGCUCUGCUGCUUCAGGGAUCAAUGCUCGAUCUUUAAGGCCUCAGUUUUAAUUUAGUUUUAAUUCCUAAUGAAAUGUCGAAAGCAAGCAUAUCUUCCAUAACUAUCCAAGUUAUCUGGUCUUCUUUUACUCACGCAGUAAUGAUCCCUAAUCAAUAUGCGAACGUCGACUUCAAGGUGCAACUGCCUUAAAUCAAACCUUAAAUAUGAUUAGUUUUCCUAUUUUACAGCUCAAAACACCUUUGAAAGAAGCAACGAGUUUUCCAGUAAGCCGAGAUAGCAAAGCAAACCAUACUCCUUAAUUCACAGGACUGCUUCAAAAUUCGACUUCCUAAGCUAGACUGAAUCAAAACUACGCAACUAUCUUUAAUUAUAGUCCCAAAAUAUCCUUCUACGUUGUUAUUACUUCAGCCAGUUAAAAGAUUACAGCUUAUACUGCGUUAGCAUCGCUGAUAUAAAUUGAAAUAAAAUUUAAAAAAAAAGGAAUUGUGAAUAUCGAGCUGGAAUUUAAAAUGCAUAAUGAA